AUGUGGAAUAAGAGCUAUGAAAAUGAAAGCAGUGAAGAAUCGUCGGGACAACAGAAACAAAGUAGUAGCUUAUUAAGUACUGUCGAACCUUUUAGAUUGGAAAUUGCGGAUGUCGCAAAGGUAUUUAAUACUGACUUGCAAUCAGGUCUUAAUGACCAACAAGUCGCUGCCAAUCUUGAGAAGUAUGGUUUAAAUAGUUUAGGUAAAGAAGAGAAGAUCUCCAUUACGAAAAUUUUGGCUCAUCAAAUCUUCAAUGCAAUGGUUCUUGUUCUUAUUAUUUCCAUGAUUAUUGCUUUGGCUAUUAAAGAUUGGAUUUCAGGUGCUGUUAUCGCUUUUGUCGUGUUUAUUAAUAUCUUUGUCGGGUUCAUUCAAGAAUUCAAAGCUGAAAAGACUAUGGGUUCUUUACGUUCCUUAAGUUCUCCAAUGGCUAGAGUUUUAAGAAAUGGUAUUGAAGAAAAUAUAAAUGCCGAAGAAGUUGUCCCAGGUGAUAUUGUUCUUAUUAAAGUUGGUGAUACUAUCCCUGCUGAUUUAAGAUUGAUUGAUACUAUGAAUUUGGAAACUGAUGAAGCUUUAUUAACUGGUGAAUCAAUUACAAUAGCUAAGGAUCAUGAAGAGAUUUUCAUUAGUGAUAAUCAACCUGUUCCUGUUGGUGAUCGAAUCAAUAUGGCUUUUAGUUCUUGUGUGGUUGCAAAGGGUAGAGGUUCAGGUAUUGCUAUUUCUACUGGUUUACACACUGAAAUUGGUAAGAUUGCUGAUUCUUUGAAAAAUUCUAAAGAUACAAUUGUGGUAAAAGUCGAUAAAAAUGCUACCUUCAAAGAACAUUAUACUGCUGGAUUCAAAACUAUUUACAAUGUGAUUAUGAAUAUCUUGGGAACAAAUAUUGGUACUCCUUUACAAAGAAGAUUAUCUUGGUUAGCUAUUUUCUUAUUCUGGGUAGCUGUUGUAUUUGCAAUUGUGGUCAUGGGAUCUCAAAAGAUGAUUGUCAAUAAGAAUGUCGCCAUUUAUGCCAUUUGUGUUGCCCUUUCUAUGAUUCCUUCUUCAUUGGUUGUUGUAUUGACUAUUACUAUGGCUAUUGGAGCUCAAGUGAUGGUAACUAAAAAUGUUAUCGUUAGAAAGUUAGAUUCAUUAGAAGCUUUGGGUGGUAUUAAUGAUAUUUGUUCUGAUAAAACUGGUACUUUAACUUUAGGUAAGAUGAUUGCCAAGAAGGUUUGGGUAGCUGAUUUAGGUACAUUUAAAGUUGAUGGAUCCAAUGAACCUUUUAAUCCUACCACGGGAACUCUUUCUUUCAAACUGUUAUCACCAAAGGAAAUCGACUCUAUUGAUGAAGAAGAAGUUAAAUUUGAUCAGAAUGUUCCACAGCAACAUGAAUUAUUCAAAGCUUGGUUAACUACUGCAACAUUGGCCAAUAUCGCAAGUGUUCAACAAAGAGAAGAUACCGGUGAUUGGGAAGCUCAUGGUGAUGCCACUGAAAUCGCUAUUAAUGUCUUCACUACCAGAUUGGAUUGGAAGAGAGAAGAAUUAAUUGAAAAGGAAUCCUUGUCUCACAUUGCUGAAUUUCCUUUUGAUUCUUCAAUCAAAAGAAUGUCCACCAUCUAUGAAUCAACCAAGGAUGCUAAAACUGUAAUCUACACCAAAGGAGCUGUUGAAAGGAUCUUAUCUAUUUGUAAGUAUUGGUACCGCGACAAUAAACUCGUUGAAUUGACCCUUGAAGAUGUUGAUGUUAUCGAAGCUAAUAUGACCGUCCUUUCCUCACAAGGUUUACGUGUUCUUGCAUUUGCUCAACGUCAUAUUGUCGAUCCAUUAGCUGAAAACCUCAGUGAUAGAAAUGGUGUUGAAUCUGAUCUUACAUUUUUGGGAUUGAUUGGUAUUUAUGAUCCCCCAAGACCUGAAUCACGUCCUUCGGUUAAGGCAUGUCAUAGAGCGGGUAUUAAUGUUCAUAUGUUAACUGGUGAUCAUCCAGGUACUGCCAAAGCUAUUGCUCAGGAAGUUGGGAUUUUACCUCAUAAUGUCUACAAUUAUCCUGCUGAUGUUGUUCAAAGUAUGGUUAUGACUGCUAAUCAAUUUGAUGGUUUGACUGAUGAUGAAAUUGAUAAAUUGCCAGUUCUUCCACUUGUUAUUGCCAGAUGUGCUCCACAAACUAAAGUUAGAAUGAUUGAAGCUUUACAUCGUCGUAAUAGGUUUGUUGCUAUGACUGGUGAUGGGGUGAAUGAUUCUCCAAGUUUGGCCAAAGCUGAUGUUGGUAUUGCUAUGGGUAUGAAUGGUAGUGAUGUUGCUAAGGAUGCUGCUGAUAUUGUUUUGACUGAUGAUAAUUUUGCCUCGAUCUUGAAUGCUAUUGAAGAAGGUAGAAGAAUGAGUUCAAAUAUUCAGAAAUUUGUGUUACAACUUCUUGCUGAAAACGUGGCUCAAGCAUUAUAUCUUAUGAUUGGUUUAGUUUUCAUUGAUAAUGAUGGCUUUUCAGUUUUCCCAUUAGCUCCUGUUGAAGUGUUAUGGAUUAUUGUUGUUACUUCAUGUUUCCCAGCUAUGGGUUUAGGUCAAGAAAAGGCCCAAUCUGAUAUUUUAGACUUACCUCCCAACAAAUCCAUCUUCACCAAAGAAGUCUUGAUUGAUAUGUUUGCUUAUGGAAUCUGGAUGGCUGCAUGUUGUUUAGCUGCAUUCGUGGUGGUUGUAUUUGCAAUUGGUGAUGGAGGACUUGGUUCUGGAUGUAAUACUUCGUUUCAUGAAAGUUGUGAAUUGGUAUUCAGAGGUAGAUCAACUGCAUUUGCUGCAUUUACUUGGUGUGCAUUACUUCUUGCUUGGGAAUGUAUUCAUAUGAGACUUUCAUUCUUUAAGAUGAGACCUGAAUCGGAAAAGAAUUGGUUGGUCCAAUUGUGUGGUGAUUUAUGGGAUAAUCAAUUCUUAUUCUGGUCGAUUGUGUUUGGAUUCGUGUCGGUUUUCCCCGUGAUUUAUAUUCCUGUGAUUAAUGAUGUUAUCUUCCUUCAUGGUUCUGUGACUUAUGAAUGGGGUAUUUCGAUUGGGUUUACGAUUGUAUUCUUUAUUGGUGCUGAAGCUUGGAAAUGGUUCAAGAGAAUCUAUUUAAGAAAGGUUUAUUAUGUAAAGCAUGAUCCUGCUCUGAUUAGUGAUCCAUUCCAGAAAUAUGUUACAUUCAGUAAAGCAAACACAAUGGAAGUUUGA